CUUGUGCCUGGUUAACAGAUCACAUAACCUAAGUCUAUAACCUCAAGCAAGCUCCUUAGUGCAUCAGCGUAGUUCAUCGAGAACACUACUCCGUUUUGGUGCUUUUAAAGCUGUACCGUUCUGUUUGUGUCCUUGUGUGUGUGUUCGGGUAUUCUGAAUUAGUUUAAAUUGUUUUACGAAUAAUUAACAAUUGAGCAAAUAUUAAAUAAAUAUACGAUCUGCUAGAAACUAAAAAAUAAUCAACAAUGUCAUCUAUCUCAGAUUUUCGCAAGAAGAAGCUAUUGUACCUGUUCAACGUUUUCUUCGAUGUCAACCAGAGUGGGGAAAUUGAUCGGAAGGAUUUUGAAUUAGCUAUUGAGAAAAUCUGUACAUUGCGUGGUUGGCCUGCAGGUAAUCCAAAGAACAUAGAAACGCACGACUGUAUGUUCAAGAUCUGGGAAGGCUUACGCUCCAAGGCAGAUAAGGACAACGAUGGGCAGGUUUCUGUUGAUGAAUGGUGCAACAUGUGGGAUGCUUACGCCAAAGAUCCUAGUACAGUCAUGGAUUGGCAGAUAAGAUACAUGAACUUUAUGUUCGACCUGGAAGAUGCCUCACACGAUGGCACUAUCGAUGGCGAUGAAUUCUCUAUAGUAUGCUCAAGCUACGGCGUAGACAAAAACGAGUGCCAAGAGGCGUUUAAAAAGAUGUCAAAGGGCGCUUUGGAGGUAAACCGCGAGCAGUUUGGUGAAUUAUGGCAUGAGUAUUUUUCUUCAGACGAUACAACUUCUCCUGGCAACUUCAUUUUUGGCAAAACAUCCUUCUAACGGAGUUUCAGUGUUUAAAUAUUUGAAUAACUGAAGGCUUUUGGGAUAACCGAUUCGACGAUAAUUGACUCACGCGCAAGGGUAUCAUAAUAAACGACUUUGGCAAUGAUGACGUUAGCGACAACGCAUUAAUAAUGUGUAGCUAAACGUCAACAACCGAACCAAAUGUGUCAAUCAGGCAGCGGUAAUCGCUGAUGCGGGCGUGCGUGCGUUUUCUGAAAAUGUAUGGAAUUUGACACCCGCAGCGGGUGACAGUUUGCAACCGCAUGCGUCAGAAUCAAACUGUUGUUACGUGUGUAACAGUAUAACGUAAUAACACAAACAAAUUUGAUUUUUCCGCACGCACGCCCGCACGCCCGCAGUAGCGAUUACCACUGCCUCAAUAGCAGCAUGGAAAACGAUGUAAUAAAAAAUCGAUAACAAAAUAUUGAAUGUUCUUUAAAUUUAUGGAAUUGCUAAUGUUGCUAAUGACUGUUGCUAAUAUGGAUUACUAAAGCUAGACUAAAUAAAAUAUAUUUAUCUGCGGCGAUGACUUUCGUCUAUCUGA